AAUAUGGCGAACGGCCUGUGGCGUUGUAAGGCACGUUUGGCGUUCGUUCUACGUUUUGUUUGGGAAAUUGGGGAGAAAAAUACGUAAAUUGAGCGAAAUACUGUCUAAUAAGGUAAUAAUUAAUAGAUAAUAGUGGAAAGUAAUGAUUUAAUGACGAAAUCGGUGAUCAGUAUGAGUUAUUACAUGUGAAAACAUGUAACAAGCCUUAUGACCAAAAUCUCCAACCCGUGCGCAGCUCCCCGGCGCACGUUCAAAAUGGUGGCCGGUUUUUUCUACGCAGCAGAGGUGUUCGCGUGCACUCUACGGUUUUUUGGAGUAAAGGGACGGUAUGAUUGACGAAAUAAUUAUUAAUAACGCAUCAAUCCAGUAGCCAGUUGGUCAGUAAAUAAUUAAUUAUCGAAUCACUAUCUAUUAUGGAGUAUUUUACAUCCAUUAAAUAUGGAGAGACAAAAAUUCUCCAGGCCUUUGCGCAAUCUCUCCGCGCAUGAUAUGCCGGACGGCCGCAGUGUUCUCUGUACAGAUUUUGCGAGAAAAAAUGGAUUCAAUGAACGAAAGAACUCUUAAAAACAUAUUACUUAAUUAAUGAGAUGGACAGUAACUAAUAAGUCACAUCAUUGGCAUUUAUUAUGGAGUAUUACAUGCAGUAAACAUGGACGAAAUGCACAUGAAAAAUAUUUGCCAGGCCUCUGCGCAAUUGCCCCGCGCAUGCCCAAUAUAGCCAUCAGCCUUCGGUGCUGAGUGAAGGUUUUGGAGUAGGAUUAACGUGUAUUGGGAUACAGAUAGCAGCAACUCAAUGCAAAUAUCGUCAAUAAUACACAAACGGAUUAACAAUCAUGGAUGACAAUAAUUUUGACACAGGAUCCCUAUCUUAUGGCGCCAAUUCAAAUAAAUUACAAGUCAACCGAAGAAUACAAAAUUGUCAAAUUGUCAAAAUUGACGUUCUGUCAUCCCUACAUGGUCGACGUCCAUGGAGGGUCACUAGAUGGCACCUGGUGUUGUAUUCUGGUCAAGAGACAAAUGUCUGAGAUGUUUGGACGAAUGGUUAUUAACUAAUAAUCAAUUGAAUCCAAUCGGUUGAAGGACUGUAAAAUCAGUGAGAAAAAUGGACGUGGAGGACAUAGUUUGUGAUUUUGUGAUAGUGUCAUGUGAUAAAGUGUUUCGUGAGUUUCGUCAUUGUCGAUGAGGUGAUUGAUACGCCAGAUGUCGUUCUGUGGUAUUGCUUUUGCCGGGUAAAUCGGGGGUUUUAAUUUUUUGAAUCGUGAGUGAGUAAAUUGAGUGAAUUUAAUUAGGAAGUGUCGUAGUGUCAUUAGUGGUUGUGGAAAGUGUCAAGGAAGCAACGAAUUUUUGGAUGAUCCAGAAAUCUUGGGUAUUGAUUGGAGACAUCCUGAGCAGUACCUGGACGAGGCCUUACUCGUUUCCAGAUGAGUUUCGUGAAGUUGUGAGGAAAUCGUGUACCUGAGUUUGGCGGAAAGGAGCCGUAUGAUUCAUUUUCGAGGAAAUACUGAGUAGGUGAUUGUGCAAGUGUAGUGUUUUGUCUGUGUGGGACAAUGUUCAGUGAGUAACCAGUAUUUUUCAACAUUGACUACAAUGAUGCAGAUCGCACGACGGCGAACCCAGUGGGGCAUCCAGAGGGCGGGCUACUCGCUCAUUGGAGGGUGGCUCGCAGCGGUUACGCCUACUCAACUUACACAGGGAUACAACUGGGUAUGUGGCGCGGGUCAGGCUGAUUCACUCCUUUUUUAAGUUUUUUUCUUUUCAGUUUUUUCAGCGGUUACGGAUGUACAGGGGCUUGCAAUAAGGAGUCGUUCGGAGGUUCAAUUUUUAUUUAUUUUGGUUUUGAGGAAUUGAAAAAAAAUCGGAGGAGGGGAGGAGAGAAGAGCUAUCAAUACGUGAGAAAUGGAGAUGGAGAUGAUUUUGGUGGGAGAAUGAUUUGACGAUUGAAAAAACAUGUUCAUUAGUCAAGAGUUUAUUUGAUUAAAAAAACAUUAUAUGAAUGAAAAUGGUUUUGUAAAUUUUCGAUGAGUAUUUGGUAAUUCAAAUAGAGAUCAGUAGUUUGGAGUGAAAAAUCGCUUGGUCAUAAUUCUUCAUUUGGAGUGAGUGAAGUUAUCGUGAAUGAGAUAUUUGACUCCUCUAGAAUAAAAUAGUAUAUUUCUAAUAUUUAUGGAUUUUGGUACAUCAUAAAAGUUUCAAACAAAAAUCACUUUAAAUGCCCGGCUCUCCUCGCAGAGGUGAUCAUACUCGUCAUGUUCCCAGAGGAUUACUGACCAGAAUUAAACGACAAUUUCACUUCACGAUUACUUUUUCUCUGAUGGAAUGAGAAAUUAAUUCUCUUCGCGGUUUAAAUUUGUAAAAAAAAUUAAAUCCUCGGGCAUCACUUCUGACCGUUACGCUCCUGCAGUCGCAAAACCGAAGUCGAAGGAUAGGCGCGAUUUAAUAUCACGCCCCCAAGUGAGAAAGCAUUUGGAAGGAAACGGGAGGGCACCACCCGCAUGUGCGAGGAAGAAGCCGAUAGUAUCUGUGUGCGGAUCGCUGAUAUGUGUCAGACAGAGUGAGCUCAGUAGAACGGUGCGAGUUGAUCGAGAGGUGGGGAGUUUUGGAAUGGCAGCUGGACAGUUCGCCGUUAGCCUUCCGGUGGUUCGGUCCGACGCUGGUUACACCGGUCAUUGGACGAACUAAUAAUUAUAAAAUAAUUGUGGUGUUAUUGGGUGAUUGUUGUCAUUUUAACUGGUAAAUCAAAGUGUUACCAUUGAACGAAAAUUCCCUCGCGGUGUGCAGGAGUAUUGCUCCUGGGGAGGCAUGCUCAACAAUAUCUCCGCUGGAGCUUCCGUUCAUGGCAUCACCGGAACGAAGGAACUUCACGCACAGGAGCUGAAGCACGAGAAAUUGGAGAGCGUGCUGGGGGCUAAUUUGGCUGGAACUCUGUCCAGUGGUGGGGGGCUGACACUUCAUCAAGAGUUGAUAAUGGGAAUGCCUGGAGCAGGGAUUCUGUUGUCAUUUUCAGGGAAUGGAGGAACAAUUGGUCAGGGUGAUGAUAAACCCGCGAAACAGAAGAGACACCGGACGCGGUUCACACCGGCACAGUUGAACGAGUUGGAGAGGUGCUUCGGAAAGACCCACUAUCCGGACAUAUUUCUCAGGGAAGAAAUUGCAAUGAGGAUUGGCCUGACUGAGAGCAGAGUGCAGGUCUGGUUUCAAAAUCGUCGAGCCAAAUGGAAGAAACGUAAGAAGACGACGAAUGUCUUCAGAACUCCAGGAGCAUUAUUACCUUCUCAUGGAUUGCCACCCUUUGGAGCAAUGGGUUCAGACCUGUGUGGUGCAGCUGCUGGAAUGUUCCACGCGCCUACUGACCGCUGGGGCAUGGGCCCAGGGCUUGGACAGUUGGGCCAGGGUGGAAUGGGCAUGGCUGGCUUCGGCCAGAGCCUCGGACAGCUCAGCCAGCAGGGCACCGGGGGUCUUGGCUCGAGUCUUGGCUUGGGGAAUUCAGGACUUCCAAUCAGUAGUCCUUCGCAGACUGUUUAUCAAGCUAGUUAUGGUCUUAAUUCAUUGGGUGGUGUUCACGUAUCGGCGUCCCGUGGCUCACCACCGGGUGCCUUGACAGUGGGUACUGGUGGUGGACAAGGUGGUGGUGGCCUGGGUGGCGGUAUGAACUGCGGACAGGGCUCACCGGGUGCUGCAUCCGGCAGUGGUGGUGGUGUAUCCUGUGUGGGUAGUGCAGACGGUAGCGCCGGUGAGGCAUCAGAUUGGAGAGGUGCUCACAGUAUUGCGGCGCUGAGGCGUCGGGCAUCCGACGCAUCCCAGCAGUACAGUCCACAACCACCACCGCCCCCAGGACCGCCCCAGUACUCAUCCCACGAUCUCGAAUACAGUUCCGUUUACUGAGGCUGAAUCAUCACAACGUCUAAAUAAAUAUUGAAUUGAAUGGGUAAAAAUUCCUGGGGGAGAGAUUAAACCGGAAAUCAUUGGUAUACGAGGAGAGUUUUAGUUUUAUUUCAUAAUUUUAUUUAUCUCGGGCUGUCGUUUGUUGCUGAGCUAAGCCGAGGGCGAUUAAGUGAGAAUUGAAACAUGUAUACGAUAAAGAACGAGAAAUUUAAAUUAGUUUUAAUGUGUGGGAGUUGUGUAAAUAAAUAACAGUCGAGGCCGAUUCUGCGACGAUUUUGCAUUGUUGCAAUUGCAGCAAUGAAUAUUGAAUUCGAGGGUCGUUCGGAUUACUUUAGGGCGAUGAUUUUUUAUGACUAUCGGAUCUCCCUGGAGAUCCUGUGUCUAGGCACUGGGAGGUGACCAAUAUUUCUAGUGACGACUAUUUGCUGAGAUAAACGAUUUUGGGGUAUUUAUUGGUUCUUGUGUCUCAAUAAAUUUUAAUUUUUUUUUCAGUUGAUCAGAAAUUAUGAAUUGAGUAUCGUAUGAAUGAUACAUUAAAAAUUCCGCCGGUUCUCAUAGCAGAACGAUUAUUCAUGUUGGAAACAUUUAAAUUUAAAUCCAAGGAUUAGUUUCCCACAAUCUUUGCAGGGAAUUUAUUUAUUCAAACAAGACUUAUUAGUUACCCUCUCAGUGCAGGCUGGACUGAGGUAAAACGGAUGUUCAUCAAUCAAUAAAGAUUUUCGGAGCUAUAGAUUCAGUUCUCGAUAAUUAAAUCUCCUUUUAAAGGCUACAGAAAUGCACUUGAAGUGAAAGAAAAUUCAACAGUCCAUUUUACCCUACUCGCUUCAACAUUUUCUUCAUUUGGGACAGCCAACGUGGCCAAUGGCUUUGGUAUUCAUGAAUGACGAGAAUUACAAGCGACAUGAUAACGGGAACGUAAUGUCGUAUGAUGUUGCUCCAGGAAAUUCAAAUAAUGCCUUCCUGUCUAAUUGAUUUCUCAGUAAAUAAUUCACUUUCCAUUGAUAAUUAAUAGUAAAGGAGAAAAAAUUAUUUUCCUCUCAUAAUUUGAAUUCUCGGAAUUUCCUUGAGCCUCGGCAUUACAGGAAACACGCGGCGGGAAAUGUUCAGUAAAAAUUACGGAACUCACGAUUGCCUCACCAAUUACGUGUAAAGAAUUUUUUUCCCAUAUAAAGAUCUAAUAAUUUAAUUAAUUCACGUAAUUUUUGGCAGGCUAUUCAAAUAACAAACUCUGAGCCAAAAUGGCGUGACAGUUUCGCAAAAUUUCCUGCAAAUACAUUUCACUCUGAAAUUACGCAACAGAUACGCAUUUUUUAUUGAAUAUUUCUCUUGGUGCACAUAAUAUAACAAUUCUAGGAAUAAAGCAGAAAAAAAAUACUUGAAGACAGUUGAUUGUUGCGCAUUUGGGAAACAUGUGCAAAGAUUUUUGUAAAUAAAGUAUACAUCUUACGGUCAACAUAAUAAAAUAUAUUAAGCAUCAAUAAGGGAUGAUAAGUUAUCGUAUUAAAGAAAUUGAUGAUAAAAAUGAAUGAAAAAAUAAAUAAUGAAACGCGAGUAUACUUGGACAUUGUGAUAUUAAGGAGCAUAGACUGUUUUUUUUCUCUCAGCCAACGCUCCAUUAUGGUAUUACAUAAUUUUUUUUUGAUGAUGUAAUAAUGAACAUUGAAAUGAAUAAUGUAAACAUCGAGCGGUUCAUUGGAUAUUCGUCAAUGCCGCGUGCAAAGAUUGAAUAUUCUAGUUACGAAUUUAACUGGGUAGAGUUUACCAUAAAUUUAAUCGAUUUAAUCGUAAUUAAAUUUAGGCAAGUUGUCGGUGUAUCACAAAAUGUAUACGAUUUUUAAUGUACAAAAAUGAAGGUAAAGAUAACUAAAAGCAAAUAGAAUUUUUAUUUGAAAUUUAAUUGAAAUAUCCGGGCGAAUCAUGAGUAACGAGAACUACACGAAUGAUUCAAUGGAAUGUAAAGGAUGGACGACGCCAUUUUAAAAGUAUGUUAAUUUAAAGUGUUGAUAUGUGUAAUUGUUGACGAAUCAUUUGUUUUCCGUUAUUUACCAGUGAACAUUCACAGCAAUAAUUUGAUAUAUUUUUUUUGUUCUUCGAUGAGUUCCAGUGGAAAUCGAUAAAUGAGUGAAUUAUCAUUUUCAUCGUUGUAUAGUUGUGUAUAGAGGUCAACUGAAUGUAUAAAAUAAAUAAUUAACGAAGAUAUGAACUUUCAAUUCA